GUUUCUAUGAAGCGAGCGAAUAUGCACGUAGCACAUAUUGAACAGGGAAAGAUAUCUUAACUGACGUUUCGGCUGUGGCAUGCACGGCCUUUGUAAGAGUAAACAGUUGUCGCGGUAUGAGAGCUCGUAUUAUCAGAAGCAUUUGAUAAUGUGUUACAAUAGACAUACCACAUAUGAAAAGGCGUAUCAUGUACAUAUCAUGUCCCGCUGUUAGCACAAUAGUCUUUUGCAGUCUUUUGUAACACAUUAUCAACUGCUUUAGAUAAUACCAAGUUUCACACGCGAACCCAUGCAAGCAUGAUAUUUUUCCCUUUUCGAUGUGUGCUACGUACACAUAUAUACAGGGUGUUCAAAAUUAAGCUUUACGGAGGGUGUUCAAAAUUAAGCUUUACGGAAUGUUUAAGAAUCGCCUGUGGCAGGUAGCUCAAUUUAAUCGUUUAUCUGGAUCAUUCGAAGAGGCGGACAUUAGUGGCACGAGAAGUCGAAACACAUUUAACUAAUUAACAAAAAUUGACUAAUGAACAUCCUAGUUAAUUACUUUACGACACAUAUUUCAAUUUACGAAUUGUAGCCGCCGAGUUUGCAAGACGCAUCCACUUUAAAUGAAUUUGCAGGAUGACACCAGUUUCGAGAUAUUAUUUCCCAAAGUGUGGGACGAAAUACAUAGGCGUCCCAGUUACUUUCGUGCUUCAAUUUAUAAAACAGCAUUUUGGUAAAAAAAAAAAGUGGAACAACAGUGCAUUUUUACGGCGGGUUUCAUGGCGCAUAUCUCCAAACUAAUUUCAUUCUGGAAAUUCAUUGCAAAUGGAUAUGCCUCACAAGCUCACCGGCUGCAAUUCGUAAAUUGCAGUAUGUGUCGUAAAGUAAUUAACUAAGAAGUUAAUUAAUAAUUUUUGUAAAUUAGUUGAAUAUGUCUUCCGAUUUCUCGUGCAACUCAUGUCCCCCUCAUCAAAUGACCCAGCUCAACGAUAAGAAAUACGCUACCUGCCACAGGCAAUCUUUGAAAAUUCCGUAAAGCUUAAUUUUGAAUACCCGGUAUAUAAAAUUUUGCUCGUUCUCAUUUCCCUAGAAUCAAUCUUGUGUGUACAUAACUUAUACAUAAUAUCCAAUGUUCUUUCAGCUUGUUCACAAAGGGGCCUACCAAGAUGUUGAAGCGAAGCGCCAGGAGACUUUGGAUGCCUCCGUAGCGAGGUUCCACGAAAUAAAAGGAACGACCACAAAAUUACCAGCUUCUAACAGCCUGCAGAAAUCUUUCACCAGAUACGUGACAGAAAUGGUGGCAUUGGAUGGUCUUCCUCUCUCUGUAACAAAUGGUGUUGGAUUCAAGCGUCUUGUUGAGUUUUUAAAGCCCGAGCUCACCCCGCCAUCUCCGAGAACAGUUUCGCGGAAACUCGAAGCCCUGGCAACAAAAGUCGCGCUGCCACAUCUUAAUACAGAACUCUCUAAUGCCCCAAGUAACAGUCUACAUUUCAUUGUCGACAUCUGGUCUAGUCGAGUGCGUCAGUCUGUCAUGGGCAUCAGGGUGCAGUAUGUGAAAAACUGGAAACUCCAAUUGUACACUGUAUCUUUUCGGCACAUUGAAGGCCGCCAUACUGGGCAAAACAUUAGAGAAACUUUUGUUGCUGAAUUGCGGUCACGCGGCGUGAGGGAGCCGCAGGUUGGCACCGUAGUGUGUGAUAAUGCUGCAAACAUGACGAAAGCGUUCAACAUGACCGAACAUUUCGGUGAAGAAUGGCUGGAUAGGGUUCCGGACGAAGAAGGCUCCGAGUCUGAGCACAGUUUUCAAGAGCCGCCUGAACCAGUCGGUGAAGAGAUCACUUCCAUCGCAUCCUUCCACAGAGUGAGAUGUGCCGCACACACACUGCAACUUGCCGUCAACGCAGCGCUGCGCAAAGACGAAGGGGCAAAGGAGAUUCUGGCGCUCAUUAAUGCCACAGUGAAUGUUUUUAGGCGCUCUUGCUACUGGACUGAACGUCUGAAGGUGCUUUGCGGAAAAGAUUUGAUCCCCCCUGCCGGAACAAGGUGGAAUUCUCUGGUCGCGGCACUCAAGCGCUUGACGGAGAUUGAUGUCUUCAACUCCGUCAUGGAAGUUUUGAAAGAAUAUAAUGAAAGCAACCCGACAAGACGCAUAAGCGUUUCUCAGAUGGAAAUGAAUUCUGGUCGUUUUUGUGAAAUUCUGGCGCUGCUCAGGCCUCUUGCAGACGCCACCGACCGGUUGCAAUCGGACGGAGUGACGUCAUGUGACUUACAUAUCAGCAUUAGCUCAUGCUACGCGCAAAUCAACAAUUGCCGGACUUCUGAAUUUCCUGACCUAAAAAACACGGUCCUGGAGGAACUGAACAACCGCUUCGAAGAAGUGCUCUACGACGACUUUUUUGUGGCUUCAAGUGUGCUCCAUCCACGACAAAAACUCCGAGUAUUUAAUGCAUCGGUUGCCCCAGGGCUUGCAAAGCCCACAGCAAACGAAGCAACAGCCGCUGUUGAAAGGCUACUUGAAGCCCACGUGCAGGGCCCAGCAGCCACUGCUGACAAAGCGUCCUCGCAACAGGCUCAAUGUGACGUGGGGCAGGAAGGGAUAGGCGACGCACGCGACCCCUACGCACUAUUGGAUGUCGUUUGUCCAACAGCACAUCACGAGCAAUCGGAACUCGACAGGUACCUGAGCAGCACGUCGACAGCGGACGACGUGUUAGCUUAUUGGCAUAAGCAUGGGGAAACAUUCCCACGUCUCGCAAAGCUCGCAGUUGUGUGCUUGGGCGUGCCCGCGUCAUCUGGAGCUGUUGAAAGGCUGUUCUCAACGGCAGGGGCACUCCAACGAGCAAGGAGAGCUUCGCUCGCUCCACGCACCGUGGAACAGCUGGUGCUCGUUUCCGAACAUAUCCGGAAGGGGAGCUCUGGCAAAUGAUGGUCCGGGUGGGGGGGGGGGGGGGGCGGAAGCGGGGUACGUUUAUUUUCUCCGUUCUACACGCUGCGAGAGACAAAAGCAACAAGGCUUUAAUAAAACAUGGCUGGCAUUUUUCAUUGUGGCUUCACUCAAGGUGUCGAAUUCUUGGGACCCUCAACACCGGAUGACACUUGCUGUGGGGCCUCAUAUCUUGGGACAUGGCACUAGGUCUGUCUCAGAUAAAAUGACUAUAUAAAUAAAAAUACAAAUGAAAAAAUAUCAAUGCACUUUCUGUGACCUUUUAAAUGAAACCAUUAACCAAAGUCUCGCAGUUUUUACAAUACCCUUAUAGUGAUGUUUAACAGUGACACUCUGAAAGUCACUGAAUACCUUGUGUUAAACCUGCAUUACACUAAUAGAAAUGAUUUGCAAGAAUUAUUGCAUCACGAAUAUGGAACUUAAAAGCAGCAAACAUUGUAUCCAAAGUAAAGAAACAGUAUAUCAAGGCAAAAAUAAAAGCUUUGGGUCAUGUUGACAGGGAGUUGCAACUGACACGACGUAAAAUCAGAUAGUACAACAUAAGCUGAGCGACGACCUUGUAAUGUCGGGAAGCAGGUAAGUUUCCUUAACCAAUAUGCAAUGAACACAGCAGUUAGUGUGAAUCGUAUUGCACGAAGUUCCCACAGUGUACUCACGUAAUACAUCUAACGUAAUACAGCUUAAUUUUGCUUACAUUGUGAAGAUAGCAUUGAUGUCCAGCAAGUGCGCGCGGGCGCACUUGCUGUCAUUGCGACAACGAAACGAACGCCACACUGAAAACUAGCCAAGCCCAAUCCCCCUUUGGCUUGAAUGUCAGAGCAAUGUAGAAACCUUAUUAUGAGCAAAGAGAUCGGGAAAUGUGUGCGUUUGUUGUCCUACAGUGUUAGUAUGGCCAGGGAGCGUAAAACAAAGAAUGAAAAAUAAAAGUAAAAAUGCAAAAAAGACGAACAUGUGUAACAGCUUAAUUAAAAAGUAAGACAAAAAGGCAAUGAGUAAUAUAAAUAAAAAGAAACUGAAUUGAGCAUAUAGCGACUCCAUCAGUGAAGAACCACCGGUUUUCUGCUGUUACAUAUUGAAUGUCAAAAUAGUGAACAAAUCGUACACCACUUAUUGUACAAAAUUGUACGAACAAUUUAUAAGAACAAGCUUAAAUACGAAGCCGUAUGUACCACAGUAGAGUAGGAAUUGUUGAUAGUCAAGCGGGAGCGUUUGAUUGCGUGUUCUAUAACGUGAGUGAACACAACAAGCUCAAUUCGACACAUACUAACAGCUUACGUGUGUGUAGCUGCCUCCGUGCGUGUAGUUCUCAUUACAGUGCCUAUUGUCUUGCCUUUAAAAAUAAGUCGCAGUUUCGACUGAAAGCUAGGCGAAGCAUCGUUUGCGAUAGCAAAUUAGUGGACAACUAGCGAAGUAAGGAUAGUAGUUUUAUCGGCUGUAUAAAGUUGUAAGCAUUCGCUUACUGACUAAAUGAACAAGCACGGUGUCACGCGCGCCCAGGUAAGCAUGAACACAUCUCGCUCGAUGACCGCGGAAGCUUGCUGUUAAAACGCUGGAGUUAGAAAGCGCGGGAGCAGCAGCUGGCAAAGUGACAUUCGCGCUGUCUCUCGCGUCAACGCGAGCUAAACGUCGAAAGCACAGCGCAUACGAAGCUACCGGCACUCUGCGCAUCCACUUUGUCCCAUCGAAGAUCGCUUUGAAGAUGAGGCGCGCGCGGGCGCGCACUUCGUCUACAUCGCAGCGCGCCGUGAGCAGCAGUUGCCCGAGCAGAACCCCCCCUCUCCGUCGCUUCCCGCCCGCGCCUCGCGCGCGAAAGGCCGCGCGCCUUCCAACGUUACAAGACUAGGUUCAGUUGUGUAACUCUCCGUAAACGCUGUACAUCACGGGCGCGCCCACCGUUACUAGAUUAGGUAAUUUAGUAACGUUGGGCGCGACUCCCUUGCCUUGGUUUUCCACCAGAGGGCGGGGGCGCCGCAGGUAGCUCCACGCGGGUGCAGCUCUGCGUUGGCGAAGGCACUCGAAUCCUCCGACUAUGCGACUUCCGAAAGCAACAAGUGUUUUCACCGAUGACUUUUUUUACAGCGAAGCUGUAUGUGGCUAGCCGAGUCGUCCGUCUGUCGCCUGUGUGCCGAAAACUAUCAUCAUCAGCAAUGACUCGAGCGUCGUCGUCGUCUCCCGCAGCUGGAUCGUUGGCGCCCCUCGGGUUGCACUCGUGCUCGGCACGCGCUCGUGCCACUACUACCGCGUUCGUCGUCGCCUUCUUCCAUAGCUGGCUCCGUUGCCGCUCAUCAUUCCAGCGUAGAAUUUCACUUCUCCUCUGUCGUCGUAAUGGGGAGGUCGCGUUUAUAGGGGUAUGACCCAUUCAUUGUCUUACGUGACGGACAGACUUAAUUUUGAAGCCAUUUCGAGGAAUCGCUGCCAACCACGCCGCCAAGCAAACUCGAGGCAUCGAAGGCAAGCGACGUCAGAAUGCGGGCAUACCGUCAGGGACGACGUUCUCUCCAUCGCAGCCGAAAGUGUGUGUAACCUCAUUAGGAAACACAAAGACUUAACCAAUAAUUGAGAAGUAUUUUAUGGACCGUCGGCAUUAACCCAGUGAUAAACACCGGGGCCGCACGUUUUAGCUUCGCUGGUUAACCAUCUGUACGGAGUGCUUGGGCGGCAAUAUUUAUGUUUGUAUAGCCUCGCGUUUACCAGAUUGAUUGAAAAACUUUACUGACUUGUGAAAAUCCUGCUCCGCUCCCCGGGAGUGCACUGUUGGAGUCCUUAGUCCAGGUCCCCAGCAGCCCUGGCCGUCUACAGCGCUCUACUAAUCAGCUGUUGUUGAUUAGUCGCAGAACGCAGAAAACUACUAAUCAAAUGUUGCUGAUUAGUAUCUAUAAGCAGCUGGUUAGUAGCUGUAAUCAUCUGUUGCUGAUUAGUACUAAUUAUUGUGAAUGCAUUAUAUGACUCAUUAUGCGGAAAACCCAGCGUAGGCGGCGUUUGAAUGACCAAACGAUGGUCGGAAAGGUCAAGGGAGCCCAUGUGAGCAAAUCGAGGCAGUUGAUGACGUCAAUUAAUGAAAAUUUAAUCAAGGCAAAGUGUAUUUAGGCAGUGUGAAUUAAGAUGAAUUUAAUUGAGGCACAGUUCAUUAAAAUGGAGUUAAUUAAGACACUCAAAAUCACGACCAUUAGUGGAAGUCGAACCCACUACGCUGGUGUUAAUUAAGGCAACGUUCAUUAAGGUCCAGUUAAUUAGCAUAUAGUUAAUUAAGGUGCUCGAACCCACGACCUUUGGUGGGAGUCGAACCCACGACAUUUGGUGUUAAUUAGGGAGAAAUUAAUCAAGACACAGGCAAUAAUUGUAAAGUGAAUUAAGGUACUUGAUUAAUUAUGAUAGAGUUAAUUACGGCACUCGAACCUACGACCAUUGGUGGGAGUCGAACCCAUUACCUUUGGUAUUAAGGCGAAGUUAAUUAAGGCACAGUUAAGAUAGAGUUAAUUAUGGUACUCGAAGCCUCGAACUUCGGUGGUCGCAAUGUCUUCGCAUUCAUCCAUGUAGGGAUAACCAAGUGCCCCUUCAAUUUUAAAUUAAUGAAUCAGUUAAGUAUUACUAAUCGUUGUUACUAAUCAGCAGACGUAACUGUCAGCAGGCGAAUCGGUUAGUUAACUAAUUAAUUAAUUAGUGCUCAUAGAUGUUCCUAAUGAGCAGUUGUAGCGGUCAGCAGGCCGAUCGGUGCACUCAUUUUAAAAUAGUAGGAAUAAAUCCAAGACACGUUCUGUCGAUAUAUACACUCUCUCAGCGCUUCAUUUCUGGAUAAAAGAAAUGAAGCUAGCACUACUUUCUUUCAUCAUAGUGUCGCGAAGAACGUAUGCCGCGGCCGACCUUGAGGAAUCCCGAAACGGGUUUGAACGAGUGUGUGCACGUGUAUAGCGCGGUCGCUCCACGCGCGGCUGUGCCGGGGGGGAAAGGUUCAUUAGGCAUGCCAAAUUUGUUGUUCACGGUCUAUUGUCGCAACCAUGUCUGCGUGGUCCCCAAAACUCUGUCCCCUAUUGGAGCACGACGGCUUGCCUGAUUGGCGAAUAGAGGCUUGCGUCUCCCACGGGUCCGCGGGCCCCUUGACUGCUGUAGAAACACAUUUAAGGAAGGGGUUUUGGGUCAUUUUGAGAGAGCAAGGACACAGCAGCCCACGGCGCCAC